AUGAUGUGGGGUACCAUCAUACUGGCAAGACUUUCCGACUUUUUUGAGAAAAGAAGAUGUUCCAUAUACUGGGAGGACCUCGAAGAAAUUCGUGAGAUUGGCGCUCGACAUGUACCAUUAAAACAUGAAUGUGGUCUUGGCGCGGCCGAGUUGGAUAGAUUCCAAGAAAUUUUUGUUGAAGUAAUGCUGAAGCAAGAUGGUAUACGACAGAGUAAAGAAGCCAGGUAAAG